GUUGAAAGUGCGAUUCAGUAAUAAUAAAUGAUUGCGAUCCAUUGAAGAGGCGUUAGUGCCACAGUGUGUCUCUCUCUUUUAUCUCUCUGCGCUGUUUUAUUGCUGACGAUCGUAUGAUUUGGACGAAAGGGUGUCUCUUUCUUCUUAGGAUGAUGCGGUUUUCUUCUUCCUUCGUCGAUUCGUUGUGGUGGUGGUCCGAGAGUGAUGAAUUAUUUUUUUAUGGGGGUAGAAAGAAGAGAGUGAAAACUCCAAUUCGGGGCUUUUAUAGUGUGCGCCAAAAUUCAAGUCUCACAACGGCCGAAAUCGGAAGCCUGGCAUCAAAGGCACAUGCAAAAAAGAAGAAAAAAAAACUGCGGAGUGCCGCUAUUUUUAACGAAUUGGAAAAAACGUGCCGACUAAGAAACAAGUGAGGAUCAAACAAAAAAAUGCUAAAAAAGCGGGCGCUUUCCGCGGAACUCACCAGUGACUUUCACAAAUAGCUU